ACCAUUCACCAUUGGGCUGAUUAGGCCGAUUGGGCAUUGGCCGCAUUGGGGCCAUUGGGCGACUUGGCGCCCGCCGUUGUGUCUGGUCUGGUCGUGUCGGUCGUUCAUACGAGUAACGAGUGACGAGUCAGUAGUCGUGGGUAGUCGAGUACGCGUUGAUACGCGUACCGAGAGUACCGUCGAGUGAUUCUCACAGCGAGGAAGCCGCUGGGAUCACGUGAUCGCUAAUAUACAUUGUAUCGUAGACAUGGCUGACAAGGAAGAAACUGAGAAGACCAUCGCCGAGGACUUGGUUGUCACCAAGUAUAAAAUGGCCGGCGAGAUCGUGAACCGUGUAUUAAAGCAAGUUUUAAACAAAUGCAUCGCUGGAGCUUCUGUAAGGGAAAUAUGUGAGUUUGGUGACAAAAUACUCACAGAGGAAACUAGUAAAGUCUUCAAAAAAGAGAAAGAACUUAAAAAGGGGAUUGCUUUUCCAACAUGCAUAUCAGUCAACAAUUGCAUUUGCCAUUUCUCUCCUAUUGCUAGUGAACCUGACCUGAUUCUCAAAGAUGAAGAUAUGGUUAAAGUUGAUCUUGGAGCACAUGUUGAUGGUUUUAUAGCUGUAGUAGCACAUACCAUUGUUAUAGGAUCUUUAGAGAAAAAAGUCACAGGCAAAAAAGCAGAUGUAGUUUUAGCUGCGCACUAUGCUUCUCAAGCUGCAUUAAGGCUUUUGAAACCAGGUACAGAGACUUACACAAUAACAGGCACUGUGGAGAAAAUAUGUGAUGUCUAUAAAUGUAAGCCAAUUGAAGGUAUGUUAAGUCAUCAGUUAAAACAAUUUAAGAUCGAUGGAGAGAAAACAAUAAUUCAGAAUCCAAACGAUGCGCAAAAGAAGGAACAUGAAAAGUAUACUCUCGAGACUCACGAGGUCUAUGCAAUGGAUGUAUUAGUGAGUACAGGUGAAGGAGUAGGAAGAGAACAGGACACUCGAGUUACGAUAUACAAAAAGACAGAGGAGACAUAUCAACUCAAACUGAAGGCGUCUCGCAUGUUUUAUUCAGAAGUCUCUCACAAACAUGGUCUCAUGCCUUUCAAUUUACGUACCUUCGAAGAUGAAAAAAAAGCAAAAAUGGCUGUUGUUGAAUGUGUAAAUCAUAGAUUGAUCGAGCCGUUCCAAGUGUUGUAUGAAAAACCAAACGAGUACGCGGCACAAUUCAAAUUUACGGUACUUUUGAUGCCUAAUGGACCUCACAAAAUUACAGGAAUUCCUUUUGAUCUUGAUAUGUAUCAAUCUGACUGUGUUGUAGACGAUCCUGAAUUGAAGACCCUUUUGUAUUCUUCGGCAAAUCCGAAAUCUGCGAAAAAGAAGAAAAAGAAGGCUGAGAAAGCUGUAGGAGACGUUGCCGUCGAAGUCGAUGCUAAAGCCUAACAUUGUCAUUUUAAGACGUAUCACGACUCAAAGGCGUCGUGCACUACUCCGAUACUUUUUAUUUAGUAAUCUAAACUAGCAAAGGCUGGACACUUUCAAAAUACGGAUCAAUCAGUAUAGCCAUAUUUUCAUCCGGACAUUGCACAAAGUUACAACGUUAUGCCUUACAUAGCUACGUCCCUAUAUGAAUCGGCAAUUGUCUAGUGCACAUUUAUAUAUAUUUUAUUCAUUCGAGGAAAGUGUCGAGUUUUUUUGCUGUUGUAUCGAGAAAAUUAAACUUUAUCACAUGCAUUAUGCCACAACUUUAUCAGCGUUUAAGUUUUUGUACCAGAUUAUCUUUUAAUGGAUUAUGGUAUUAUUACUAUUACAAAUUGAUGAUUAUUCAUAUGAUCAUUAUUUGCAAUUGUA